AUGGGCGACGUGAAGUUGAACUCUGACCCCUCCUGCUCGUCCUCCCCUCCCUCCGGCGUCUCCCCUCCCUCGCCGGAGUCCUCCUCCAUCCCCUUCAGAAACGGAGUCAUGCCUUUCAUGCUCUCUGUCAGCGCGGAGCAUCUACAGAGGUUCAAGCAGCUUUUACUGGAGGAGAACCCCAGACCCAACUGCACCCCACUCACCUGGGACCAGCUGAAGUCAGUCCGCUGCGGGGAGGUGGUCCAUCUGCUGACCGAGUACUUCCCAGGACGGCGCGCCUGGGAGGUGGCUCAUGACAUCUUCGCCAAGAUGAACCAGACGGGGCUUUGUGUUCAGAUACAGAGGGAGCUGAACGAAAUUUCACCUAACUUGGAACCGGAGGACUUGAACCAGAGAAAGAGGGAGCUGACUUUGGAGGAAGAUGAGUCUGAUAAAAUUCGGGAGUACAAGGCACGUGUGAUGAGUGAGCACUCCACCCUGUGGGACAGGACAUCCUGGCCUGGGAACAAUGUGGGCUUCUUUUACCAAGAGCCCUGCAGAGAAGACGUCCUCCUGCAGUGUCUUCUCCUGCCCAGAAAACCCCAAGGAAGACAGCCCAAGACCGUGGUCCUUCUGGGAGACGCUGGCCUCGGGAAGACCACCGUGGCCAAAAAAGUGAUGCUGGAGUGGGCAGAGGGCAAGUUCUACGCCCACAAGGUCCGGUUCGCCUUCUACCUCCGCUGCCAGGAGAUGGACGGGCCGGAGGAGCGGAGCUUCUCCGAGCUGAUCGCCUGCAAGCUGUCCGGGUCUCUGGCUCUCGCGUCUAGGAUCCUCUCCCACCCGGAACACCUCCUCCUCCUGGUGGAUGGCUUUGAGGAACUAACCUUGACCCUCGUAGACAGACCGGAGGACCUGAGCCAAGACUGGAGCCAGAAAAUGCCUGGGUCCGUCCUCCUGCCCUCUCUGUUGAGCAAAACGAUGCUCCCUGAUGCCACGAUCAUCGUCUUCCUGAGGUUCAACUUGUGGAAGACCGUGAGUCCCUUUCUGAAAGACCCCUCUCUGAUCACCCUGACGGGCUUCAGCGCGCCGGAGCGAUCCAGGUAUUUCAGGUCGUACUUCAAAAACGGGCGCGAUGCCGACACGGCCCUGCGCUUCGCCAUGGGCAGCGCCGUCCUCUUCUCCAUGUGCCGGGCCCCCGUCACCUGCUGGCUGGUCUGCUCCUGCCUGAAGCAGCAGAUGGAUCGGGAUGGCAGCCUGCCGCAGGCUUUCCCCAACGCCGCGGCCGUGUUCGUCCACUGCCUCUCCGGCCUGUUGCCGACCCAGGUGCGGCACGCCGUCAGCGAGACCCACCAGGAGCAGGUGAAACGCCUGUGCUCCCUGGCCGCGGAGGGCAUGUGGAAGAACCAGUGGGUGUUCGGUGAGACGGAUUGCAGCCUGGCCAGACUGGACGAAAGGGACGUCGAGCUGUUUCUCAGGGUGCGGUUCCUCCGGAGGGUGGCGGCCGACAGGGACCUCGUCGCCUUCACCCACCCGAGCUUCCAGGAGUUCUUUGCUGCCCUGCUCUUCAUCCUCUGCUUCCCGCAGCAGCUCAGGAAUUUCAAAGCGUUGGACAGCUUCCGCGUCCUACAGCUGCUCGCUCAUCCCGGGAGAUGGAGAAACCCCCUGGCCGGAAUGGCGCUCUUCCUGUUUGGCCUGUUGAACGACACGUGCACCCUCGCGGUGGAGCAGCUGCUUGGGUGCAAGGUGUCCCUGGGGAACAAGAGGAAGCUGCUGAGGAUCGCCGCCCUGCCGCCCGACAGUGACCCCCCGGCCCCACACCACAGGCUCCCCCAGCUCUUCUACUAUCUGUACGAGAUCCGGGAGGAGGUCUUCGUGGGUCAGAUCCUCCAUGACUGUCGUAAGGCUCUGCUGGUCAUCAGCAAGAUCAGGGACCUGCAGGUCUCCGCUUUCUGCCUCAAGUUCUGCCGACGUCUGCAGGAGAUAGAACUGACCGUCGCCAAAACGACCAGCCUCUCGCCAGGCCCUCUUCCUUCUCCCCAACCAGAAGGCAGUGACAGGCAUUCCUUCUGGUGGCAAGAGUUCUGCUCUGUGUUUAGAACACACGAAAGUUUGGAAGUCCUGACUGUGAAAGACAGCGUGAUGGACGCAGAGACCGUGGAGAUUCUCGCCGCAGCACUGAGGCAUGCACACUGUAACCUCCGAAAGCUGAUCUUUAGGCAUGUGGGCUCCCUCGUGGUGAGUGAAGGCAUCAUCAGAGUUCUGGUGGAAAACCAGUACCUGAGACACUUGGAAAUAGAAAACACGCAGAUGAGACGCCAAGUGACAGAUGCCCUCUGCACCACCCUGAAACACCCGCGGUGCUUUCUGCAGACUCUCAGGCUGGACGGUUGCCCAUUUGACCCCACCAACGGGGCUGACCUCGCCUGGAGUCUCAGGAAGAACAUCCACCUGAAGACCCUGAUGCUGAGACGCGGCUGCCUGGAGAGGGGCGAGCCGUGUGUCCCCGUGUUGGUGCCCCAGCUGGAGAGGCUGUCGCUGGAGAACUGUGACCUCACGUCGCUUUCCUACAGAAGUCUUGCCUUUUCUCUCGUGAGUAACCAGAGUCUGACCCACCUGAGCCUGGCAGAAAACGCCCUGCAGGAUGACGGGGCGAAGGAGCUCUGUAAAGUCUUACGAAACUUUCCGUCUCCUCUGCAGAGGCUGGUGGUGAGGAAUUGCACCCUGACCUCCGAGUGCUGUCAAGAUAUAGUGUCUGUUCUUGAUAAAAAUAAAAACCUGAGAAGUCUGGACCUUGGCUGUAACAGCCUGAGGGACACCGGCGUGAUCCUGCUCUGUCAGCACCUGUUGAAACCUGACUCUCGCCUCCAGGUUCUCGAGCUGGGGGAGUGCCAGUUCACCUCCGCCUGCUGCCCGGCCCUCACCUCCGUGCUCCUCCACAACCAGAGCCUGCGGCACCUGGACCUCAGCGGAAACAGCGUCGGGCCCCAGGGCGCCAAGCUCCUGCAGGACGCGGCCCUGAAGAGGACGCUCGGACCCAGGGCCGUCCUGAAGAAGAAGCAGAGCAAUGGAAUGGACAUGAUGAGAAGACUGGAGGGCCCGGUGGUGAACAAGGACGUCCUGGAGAUAGUUCAGGACUGGAAAGAUGAGUUCUGUGGUCAGGCCGCAGGGAUGGUUUGA